GAAGAUUGGGCAUCUCGCACAAGUUUUGUCUGAUCACCUCUAGAUGGCGAUGUGGAAUGGAUAUUAAAACGAACUUGAACUGAAAGAACAUCGUUUCCAGGACAAGUGAGGGACACGAAUCCUUUCAUUAAAAGAAUCGUCAGGUUCUGAUAUGUGUCCAUUGGGUCAGUUUCCAUGUGGGAAUCUAUCAGUGUGUUUGCCACAACCACAGCACUGCAACGGGCAGCAGGACUGUCCUAAUGGAGCGGAUGAAGAGAACUGUGUGGAUAACAGUGGUUGGCCACACCUGUUCGAUGCCUUCAUGAAAAAAAGAGUCCAGGAGUCAAAAGAGUGCAUGUUAGAUAUCUAUCCAGACGUGUGUCAUUGCGAGGGUCGGAAGGUGAACUGCAAUGGCAGAAAUCUUCUCCAUGUUCCUCCUGUGUCCUCUAAUGUUACAGCACUAGAGCUGAACAGUAACCGGAUCAAAUCGCUCUCUCGUGAACUGUUUGUCCGCUACAGGCACCUGGAAAGACUACAUUUAGAAAGUAACAGCAUUGAAAUUAUCUCCAAGAGGGCAUUUUCUGGACUUUACUCUUUGCGUAAACUUUUUUUGAGUCAGAAUAGAAUUGUUUCUCUGAAAGCAGGAAUAUUUAGUGACCUUGGCAGUUUGGAGUGGCUGAUUUUGGAUGAAAAUAGGAUAUCGUCUUUGCGACAGAAGUCUUUUGAAGGACUGAAGUCUUUAUUUUUUCUGUCCUUAUUGAAUAACUCUGUUGAGCAGUUUCCAAGAACUUCUAUCUGUCCCGAGAUGCCUCGCCUCAACUGGCUGGAAAUGGAGGGGAAUAAAAUUUCAUCUCUAUGGGCUUCAAGUUUUAAAAACUGUUCUUCUCUUACUGUUUUGGCACUGAGAAGGAACCACAUUAGUACCAUUGAGGAGGGAACAUUUGCAGACAUGCAUAUGCUGAUAGACUUAGAUGUGUCUGUGAACCAGAUUACAGAUCUACCUCCAUCUCUGUUCCAGAACCUCCAGAACCUUAAACAGCUAAAUAUCUCCAACAAUCCUCUGGCGCACAUAUACAGCGAUCAGUUUGACAGUUUGGUGAAUUUACAGUCUCUGAGUAUGGAAGAAGUGGAGAUUCCCAACAUCAGCAUCAGGAUGUUUCGGCCCCUAAAUAACCUCACCCACAUUUAUUUUAAGCGCUUUGAAUUCUGUGGAUAUUCUCCCAACGUGAGAAGCUGCAAACCAAACACAGACGGGAUCUCCUCCUUUGAGAAUCUGCUGGCAAACAUCAUUCUGCGCGUCUUCGUCUGGGUCGUUGCUUUCAUCAUUUGUUUCGGGAACAUCUUCGUCAUCUGUCUGCGGUCCUGUAUCGCCUCAGAGAAUCAGCAUCACACAAUGGCCAUCAAAUCUCUUUGCUGUGCAGACUGUCUAAUGGGCGUGUACCUUCUUUUCAUCGGUGCCUUUGACAUCAAGUACUGCGGCGAGUACAACCGUCACGCUCAGAUAUGGAUGGAAAGUCUGUCCUGCCAGCUGAUUGGCUCUCUUGCCAUGCUGUCCACGGAGGUGUCUGUCAUGAUGCUGACUUACAUGACUUUAGAGAAGUACCUGUGCAUCGUCUUCCCAUUCCAACAUUACCGCGCCGGACGAAAACAGACUCUUUGCUCCCUGAUCUUCAUCUGGCUGCUGGGAUUCAUCAUUGCUGUUAUUCCCUUCUGGGAUAAACAGACGUUUGGGAAUUUUUAUGGCCGAAAUGGAGUUUGUUUCCCUCUUCACUCCGACCAGACAGAGAAACCCGGUGCCAGAUGCUACUCAACAGCCAUAUUUCUCGGUCUGAAUCUGCUGGCUUUCGUGGUGAUUGUAUUCUCCUACUCCAGCAUGUUUUAUUCAGUGCAGAAGACGGCAAAGACAGCCCGUCAAACAGUAUAUGAUCGUGAAGUCUCCAUCGCAAAAAGAUUUUUCUUCAUUGUCUUCACCGAUGCUAUGUGCUGGAUCCCGAUCUUCCUCUUAAAGAUUCUCUCACUGUUGAGAGUACAGAUCGCAGGUACCAUCAUCCUAUGGGUGGUGAUUUUUAUCCUACCUAUAAACAGUGCCCUCAACCCCAUCCUGUACACUAUCACAACCAGCGCAUUUCAGCAAAGACUCAAGCAGUGUCUGAAAUACCGUUGCCAACAGACUAACUGACACAGACUAUCACGCAUACACUAUGCAUAUGCACAAGACAUGCACAUGAGAGUCUUCUAUGCGGAAUAAAGUCAAUAGAUGACCACACAUGCAUAAGAUUCUCUCAUCCAAAGCACAAAUCAGGGUGAAAUGAGCGUAUUUUAGAUACAUGCAUGGUUAUGUUAACCAGCAGACCAGUAGUAUGCAUUUAUGCAAUCAAAUUGCACAGCAAGCCUGAUAUGAAAACAGAAACUACAAAAACCUGUGUCUGUGUGAUGGUAAAGCUCUGCGGCUGUUUGGGAUGGACACAGUGGAUAAAGGAUUGGAGCCCUUUCUACUUAUUUAAUUGUGAUUUGUUUGAUUAUGAGGACAUGUACAAUAGAGGUGGACCUGAUGUAUAAGGAUUGAAAUUAGAGAUGGGCAAAGAUUAAUCUAAAUUAAUCGCAUACAAAAUAAAAGUUAUUUUUUGCGUAAUAUAUGUGUGUGUUGUGUGUUAUUAUGUAUAUUUAAAAACACACACAUACAUAUAAACAUUU